GCUUCGGGUCACUCCCCCCCGUAACUACGAUAAGAACCUGUUCAGAGCCUGCGACAAGUGGUCUCCAGACGCUGCCUUGACCGCCAUUUAUCUCAAGGUUACUGAUUCCACUCUGUCCACCAAGACAAAGAUGAAUCCCCUUCACGAAGUUGCUCCCCCAGUCGUUGGCACCGGCCGUCGCAAGAAGAACAAGAAGAAAUCUGACGAUGACUCUGUCGACGAUGAUCAACCCGAGGAUUCCCUCCCGCCUCCAGUUGAUCAUGUCAAGCUCCGCAACCUCCUCAAAGGACCCAGCCUUAGAAGUCUCUCCUACCGAGAUUUCCUCAAGAGUCUCACCGAUGAGCAGAUUACUAAGAUCCUCGGUCCACUGAGAACCAAAAGACAGAAAAAUUGUCGUUUGCCAAGAAGGUCCCACUGGGUAUCCUACUCAUGACUGGAGCACCCGGUACUGGCAAGACAACAGCCUUAAUUCAGUUGAUCCAAGCUCGGGUAGUCGCUGGAGAUGUCGUUAGCGCCUAUGCCUCUACAAACGCAGC